CAUUUGAGAGUACCAUCCGCUCAGAGGGGUAAUGUGCAACUAGGAAUGAAAUAGUGUUUGGGUAGGGUCUGCAAAUGGAUGGCUUAACCGCCAGUGGCUGUCCCUUUGUGGAGGAUAGUUUUAGUCGCUUCUCUUCUCAAAGCAACGUGUAUGGUUUGUGCAAGGCGGGUGAGCAGGACCUUCUAGCUGCCACGCUCAAAGGAAAGGUGGUGAAUUUUAAGUACCAGGAUUUAAGACAGAAGAUCCGUCCUGUAGCCAAAGAACUCCAGUUUACCUACAUCCCAGUGGAUGCAGAAAUUGUAUCUAUAGAUGCUUUUCAUAAGUCGCCCCCUAAACAAGGUCUGGUUGUUGGAAUCACCUUCAUCAAGGACUCUGGAGACAAAGCCAGCCCAUUUCUGAACAUUUAUUGUGACUAUGAGCCUGGUUCUGAGUACAACUUAGACUCUAUUGCACAGAGCUGUUUGAAUCUGGAACUGCAAUUCACUCCAUUCCAGCUGUAUCACACAGAGGUGUACUGUGGGAAUGGGAAUGAGAAAGAGACUGUCUUCCUCUUGAGUGGUCAUGACCAACGCAUUCAUCUAUAUAAGGAGAAUGCCUCUUUACACCAGUUUGAAGAACAGCCUAUAGAGAGCCUCUUCCCUGAACUACAGGACCUUCCCAGCAAUGUUCUCAGGCUGCACAUGGUGAAUAUUUCUGGAUCACUGAGGCGUCUCACGGCAUUUGGGUGCCAAAAUGGAUGUGUAGGUGUGGCCCAUGUGGAUCAAAGCAGCUCAGUUGUUUUGCAGAGCUGGCAACUUCAGCAAGAUGGCCCAAUUUCCAAUGUUCUCCUGUUCAGUUUAAGCUGGAAUACAGAGACAAGGAAAACAACUUCACAAAGUACUGUUGAUGAUGGGAAGAGAUCAAAGGAGAGGUUCAACUUGCUGGUGACCAGUGCUAUUGAAUUAGCUGUGGUGUAUAGAGAUGUACUGACCACAGGUCUGAAUGAUCAAGUUGUUCUUCCAGAUAGUGACCAAUAUGAUGCUGUUCUUUGCUCACUUGUCACAGAUGUAGAUUUCGAUGGCACUGAGGAGAUUUUGUUGGGGACGUAUGGUCAGGAGCUCCUUUGUUACAAAUACUCAACUGAUGCAGGUGACCUGGAGAAUCUGGAUGGGCAUUUUAAGCUGGCAUGGAAUAGAUCAUUCCAGAGUCCUUUGCUGUCACUUGCCUACUUAGAUUUGACAAGUGAUGGACUAUGUGAGCUUGCAGUUUUAUCACUCAAAGGGCUACAUGUUUUGCAGUACAGCCUUACUCAAACAGCAGAAUUUGUGAUACAGCGACUCCAACAGAAGGUUAAGGAAGCCUCUUCUGAUAUGUUAGACAAUAAAGGGAGAGACUAUGGAACAAAAGACAUUUAAUGUACAGUAGUCUUGGAAAAACAGGAGUUACUCACAGAGGAUUGUAAAUGUACUUAGAUUUCUCUCUUUCAGUUUCCAACUUUGUUUGAUCUAGGUGAAAACUCCAACAGAAGUCUACAAGAUAAGUGGAGAGAGAUACAUUAAUGAAUAAUUAUAAUUUGGUGACUGAAGAGGUUGAGUUGACUGUUGUUUGCAUACACCAAUGGAGGAAAGAAAGCUCAAGAUACUGCAGUUUGAAUCUCACAUUUUCAGUAACUUUCUGUAUAUAAUAUAUAUCCUGGAAAUGAGUCCUCAGUUUGAUUUCCUUGAUUAAUCUCAGCUCUGUGUGCUGGUAAUGUAACUGUGAUUCAGAGGUAUGGUUUAUGUAAGUAGGGAUACUUUUCUGGUUGCUGCUGCUUAAAGUGAUGGACUGCACUUGACCUUGGCAGAAGGAAGGUCAUGGGCCCAAAUAGAAAACAAAGGAAGGCGGCUCGUAAGAAACUUUACUUAAACUGCCAUAAAAAGUAUACCAAUUCCAAAAGCCUCAUUGUGAAAAUAGGAAUGCCCAACCUGACAAGAACCUAGGUGUUUUUCAACACAAUGCCCUGUCAAAAGUGUGUAUGAAAUAACAUAGCUGAACCUAUGAAGACAAGACUCAAUUGUUAUGUAUGGAAUGAAAGAGUUGAUAGAAGGCAAGCAGAGCCUAUUUUAAAUUCAGUA